UUUUGAUAUGGCAACUUGAAAUCAAUUUUGUUCUCGAGACUGCGUUUGUUUUAAGACUUUGAAAAUUUGCACAAAUUGUUAAGCGGGAAUUCUGUAGAAAAUAUGGUAGAGCGAAUUGAAGACUUAAAUCUUCCUAAUGCUGUUGUUGCGCGAUUAAUAAAAGAUGCUUUACCUGAGGGAUCUAAUGUUAGUAAAGAAGCUCGUCAAGCCAUUGCUCGUGCUGCAUCAGUAUUUGUAAUUUAUCUCACAUCAACUUCAACUACUCUGGCCCAUAAACAAAAUCACAAAACGAUAACAGCUGCAAAUAUAUUGUAUGCUUUGUCGCAAUUGGAGUUCGAGUCUUUUGUACCACAACUUACGAAAGAUCUAGAAGCGUACAGGAAGUUAGUUAAAGACAAAAAAGAAAUAAAAGCAAAAAAAAAUACUUCAGCUGAGUCAGAUGAAAAACUAGUGACUGACGAUGGAAACAAGGAUUGAAGUGCUUAAUUGAUGUUAACAGUAGAUUCUCCUUUUUUUAAAAGGAAGGAAGAGUCUGGAUCAAUUAUUUUCAAAUAUACCAUUCUUAGAUUUAUUUUGUGUAACGUAUUGUUAGUAAUUUUUAAAGUAAAAAUUAGUAUUGAAUAUUAGUUGUGAAAUAAACAUGAGAAAUAUAUGUGAAAUACUAGUAUCGAUAGAGUAAA